AUGGUUGCGGAGUCCGACGAAGCCUCUGAUAUUAACAGUCACGACGACGGGCACGAUAUUACUUUGCAGUUGUCUCCUGAGGACAUGCUUUCACCACUUUCACAACAUACUGGAACUGGGAACCAGAAGCAGGCUCUCAUGAAGAUGAUUGCUCAAGAGAUGGUUCAAGCGUUUGUGGACCCCAAUCAAGAAGGAGAAAACGAUGAAGCACUACAAAGAAAAUUCGAUAAUACCAUCAAGCAACAGAGAAAUUUGAGAAAGGCGAAACGUGAGGAAAAACCAAACAGUCAACACAGUGAAUCUCGACCAGGAAUUCCUUCUGGAAGUGGGUACGACCUGGCCCUGGAGGACGUCGACUUUGCGAACGAGACUACCGAAAAUCGACGAAAUAGGCUAAAGGCGCAGCGCUGGGCAAGCCUUGAAGGCUCAGAAUGUCUUCCCGAGCCAGAGCUGAGAAAGGUAACGGACUCUCCAGUCAAACCGAUGCGAGAAAAGAGUACCUCGCGACGAGGUAGCGACUUUGCCGAUUCCGUAAGGGCAGAUUCAACAAAUACAACAAGCGUCGUCGAGGAUGAACUAUCAAUUGAAGAAAUUCGUAGAUUUGUGCUUGAGAACAUCCCUCGUACAGUGCGAGACCAAAUCCCUGAAGAAGCUUGGGGCAAAAUUUUUGGUGGAGUUUCCUCCAGAUCGAGUGGAGUAUCAAGACGAAGUCUAGAACAAGCAUCAGCUUCGGCUUCCGAGAGCGAGAAAAAUCAACAGGAUUCCCUCGAACUGGAAAUUGGUCCCCAGGACGACAUUUCCAUGAUUUCCGGUUUGACCUCAGCUUUCCCGGAUGGCAAGAGUCUCGAGUCCAAGAUGAUGUCCUUAUGUUCACUGGACAUGGAUCGUGAGGAUAAGAUAGAAGAAACCUCAGAAUCAUUCACGGUCGAGGAGCCGGAGGACAGUUCUAAUCACUCCUUGGAGCGCAGCUCUAGGAUCAAUAUUGCGGAGUCGAAAGAGAGGACGAGCAAGGGAGUCGCCUUUGGCACUGUUGAGGUGCGGUACUACGAACGCACCGGUGCAGACAAUCCCGCUGUCACCAGUGGGGCGGCCGUGGGAAUUGGUUGGAAAUACAAGCGUGGGGCACGCCGAACGCUGGAUCAGUGGGAAUCCCAAAGGGGGACGCCAUUGAAAUCAUUUGAAUUGGUCAUGGACCGUGCCGAACGGGAACAUAUCUUGAAGAAGGCGGGUUACACCCAAAAAGAGAUUGCCCAAGUUGUCCGAACUUGUCUCAAGGGAAGGAACCAGAGGCAACAGACUGUUAGUAACUUGCAGCAUGCCGGAAUGGAAGAAGCUGUGGAAGCUGCACAAUCGAGAAUAGCAAAGAUUAUGCGAUUUGGGAAGAAAAAGUCACUGAUUAAAUGA